CCGAAACAGUGGAUGGAGAGGGGAGAGGGUUGAAAACAGGAUUCUUCUAACCCUUCUGUUUAUUCGCUGCCUAUAGGUCUGCGCGUGUGCUUACUCCCAUCACCCCCCCCCCCCUUUCCCAUUGGCUGCUUCCUUCUCCCACACACGGAUAUGGACACACACACACACGCGCGCGCGCGCGCUCAGAGCUCAGACACUAUAGAGUUGACGUUCUUGAGCGGAGGUCGAGAGAGGGACAGAUGGGAUCCACACACACACACACACACGCGGCGCUCCGUGCAGCAUUGAUCGCGACUGAGUGAGACCUCGGGAAGAGACUCUCUGCCAUGGAAAAGAGAAGAGAGUGAAAAUCAGUGACAGUGAGACGGAGGAAAGAAGAUGCCAUGGAAUGAGCAGGAUGGGGUUGAGAAGCCUGGGCACCUGAAGACAACAACAAGAUCGUUUUCUCUUCGCCAGCGCUUCUGAAACGGACCGUCUCGAGUGUUUUCAGGGCACUCGUGCUCGGGGCGAACGGGAAGUUUCUGAUGGUCCAGUUCUGUUCCUGUCGAAAGAAAACGAUGAAGUGAACGACACAAGCAAAGGAACCCAAGGACAAAUGUGAGGGAUAAAGUCAACUUAAAGAGAUGCAUUGCCCAGUCAAGAAAUGCUACACCAGCGAGGACUGUGCACAAAAGCUUUGAGUUGGAAAGUAGGGCAUUAAAGGUGUCUGGAUAUCCUCUCACUGGUCAGCCUGAAAACUGUUUCCUAUUGAUAUUUUAUUUGCCUUGAUGUUUUUAGGACAAGCAUCCGUGAGAGCUAUGUGACAUGAGAUUUUCCUCUCGGCUAUGAAACCAUGAUGCAGACUUCUGUGACAUACUCGCAAGCCUUCCCUGCCAAAGGUUCAUGCUCUUCAGGACUCACACAAAGAGAGUUUCACAAAGGUUGCUCAUUGAGUGUUUAAGUGCCCCUGUGGACUAAUGGGGCUAAAGCUCAGGAUACAACCAGUCCCUCUUUUGCAUAUAAAGACACUUGCUUAUAAAUACUCUUCGUGCCAAAACCAGGACCUACUCUGACAGCAUUACCACAAAGACUUAAACAGAAACCCUCAGUCAUGUGACCUGAGGAAAGGACCAGUCACAUGCUCUGCUGCCAUCGGCUGGUCUGUUUAAUUUUUAAUUUUUUUGUUACUGCAGCACUUACCAUGUUCAGAGUUUGCCAAAUGUCAAAUAUACUGUGUGCUACAACUGAAUUUUCUAUCUAAUUAAUUGUUUAUUCACAUUUGACUUGUGAAAGCAGACAAAAACCCUACGCAGUCAAAAUUUACAUCUAUGGUCCAUAAGCUACUCUUGGAUAACAUGGUGAGCAAAGAGCCUAACCAUUUGCCAACUGUUCACAGCCACAGCAAUGGCAACCCAGACAAAACACCCACAACCGUGACUGUGCGCUCAGUCCUCCUCAACCGAAACUCUCCAGAUAUUGAAAGCAGACUUAAACGCAGGCGGAACCGCACGCAGCAGGUACGCUUUAAAGAUUUGGAGGAUGACGAUGAGUCUAAGGAUAAAAAUGAAAAGGUGAGGAGUAAGAGUCCAACAGAGGUUCCAAACUGGCAGAAAGAGCUAACAAAUGGGCCCUCGCUGGUGGGAGCGGUCCGUGGAGACAUGGAAAAGACAAUUGGUGCCGUAACAGCGUUUCUGAAGAGAGCACCACCGCACCCACUUACCCCUGGGCCUACCAGACGCUGCUGGGUCCCAACGCAUCCAUGUUCGCUCACACUGCCGCUGCCAACUCAGCCAUGCAGGAGUACAGCCAUCCAAACCUCACCCAGUUUGCAGAAGCCUCCCUCGCUCUCGGCCACACAGACUCGCAGUCACAGCUUGGGGGGAGGCUGGGAUGACGAAGACUCCUCGGAUGAGUUGACCGCACAGCCUUGUAGAUCACGGAAGAGUCCUGUCCAACAUUGUACCCCCGCCGAGCAAUCAAGGUGCCAGAAAACCGAGGACAAUCAAACUGCCUCUGUGGGUACAACAACACAACCUGCGCCACAAAAACAGUCUAGAAGGAGAGGGAGGAGGAAAUCCUUAAACAGAGCAGCAAGUGAUCCUGGGAAACAUGAGCUUCCUUGUACUUCUCCAACUAAAACUGUGCACAGAAGCCAUACACUUUCUAACCAACCUAAGAAACCCACACCCAAAGCUGUGGCACACAGAACUUCGUCAGAUAUCGUGCCUCCACAGCGUUCCCCCACACCCAACACACUUCAUAAUACGCAAUGUAGUGUCUCUUCCACACAGACUGAAGUAAGCAGUGAUUCAAAAAUCCCAGCCAACGCAACCUCUUUGCAAACAGAGGUAGAUCCUGCAUCUUGUCCAUUGUUUCCAUGUCCCAAAGAAACAUCACUAUGUUGCCCACCAGAGAACAUAAUUUCGACCCCCUCUGUACUGGAGCCUUUGUGCACUACCACAGCACAAGUCAUGUCCACUGACACCACACACAGGCAAUCAUGCAUGUCUCCAACUGAAUCUACAGGGCGUUGUUGCACACCUGCUAUUCAGACUACGGCAAAUUGCAAGACUCCCCCAAUACCUGAUUCCAAAUGCAUUUCAGAUUCAUAUACAGAUCCCACAACUCCUGCUCAAUCCAGACCCGGUUGCCAAAAACUGGAGGAAACCAUUCCAUGCUCCAGCAAUGCUGGCUUCAAGACAACAUCCUGUUCUCAAGGAGAACCUGCAGUUGCCUCUACGGUCACUUCCACACAGCCUUGCCAGAAGACUCCAACACAACCCAUGGCAUGCGGUAACACCUCAAAUCAACCUGUGUACUCUGUGAUAUCUCCAACUCAACCUGUACCUCCCGUUCAGUCGGUGCCAUGCUGUGAGGUUUCUAAUCAGAAUGAGCCAUUGAUUAGGACCCCUACCCUUCCUGUCCAAACAGUGCAAUCUCCUUUAUCAGCAACACCUGUUCACCCCACAUCAUCUUGCAAAAUUCCUGUGCAGUCUAUACCACACGGUGUCAAAGACAAACCAACAACAGUUGGCUCUCCCACACGACCUGCAGCAUCUCAUAAGAUUCCUACCCAAACCCUCCCUCACAAUUUGAAGUCAUUUCCUCCCGAGGCAACCUGUGCCACCCCUGUCUCACACUUCAAAGGCCCCAUUGCAGCACCCACCAUCCCUAUUGCACAAACUGCCGUACAUUGCGUUUUGGAUCAACAAAAUGCGGUAACCAAUGUGACACCUUCCAUACCAGUUCUGAUUUGCAACCCUUCCACACAACCGGCACCAGGUAAAUUUUCAGUUCGAAUACUGCCACACUGCAACUCCAGUAUGCAAAAUGCAGUGUCUUGCAGUAGUCCCUCUCCAAUCGUGCAACAGCUUAAGACUCAAAAUCAAACGGUACCACACUCCAAAUCAUUCCCACAGAAUAUGUCACCCAUUCUCUGUCCACGUGAGGCAAUGAUGUAUGCUAGUAAACCCCAAGAAACUGUGCUUCCCUCGGCUAAUUUCAGGCAUUCCUUACCUCCUUACGCCUGUCCGCCACAGACUGCUCUGCUGUACUCUAACACUGGGGUGAGUCACUCCCCCCCUCAGGCCUUCUGCUACACUCAGGACAGACGAGACAGGAGAGAGUUCAUGCUUCCUCCCCCACCUCCUCCUCCACCCCCUCCAUACACCCCCCGCAAAGAGGGCACCUCAACUCCAGGACAGCCCCGCAAGCCUCCCGUCCCCAAAGCUGAGAGCAACAACACAGACAAGGGCCGAGUGAAAACUGGGGUGGCGAAGCCGAUUGUUGAAGCAGGAACUCACCAUCAGGCAGGUGAAACUCCACCUCCUGUCCCUCCCAAAUCUAAGGCAAGAGCUACAGUGAGGCCCACAUGUUUAAGCAGCCGACGGGCGAUCCUCGGCCCUGAAAAUCAGUUGCCUCCUGCUGCGGGGACGAAUCCCCAGGCCCCUCUUGGACCAGCAGAAGGCCAAGCGGACACACUGCGGCAGGUGCAGGAGCUACUGGGUGGGCUCAUGUCUGGGGCUAUGUGUAAGCUAGACCUGGCAAAGGCAAAAGAGAAACUGUUCGGCCCAAACGGCCCUCUGUACGACAUUGGGGCUCUGCAGUCUCAGCUGCACAGCCUGGAAGGGGUGUUGGAAACCAGCCAGAACACCAUCAAGGUUUUACUGGACGUCAUUCAGGAUCUGGAGAAGAAGGAGGCAGAGCGAGACGGAAGACACUCAUACCGAACGGGACAGGACAUUGAGAACUGUGGCACCUGCAGAGACUGCGCCUGUAUCAUAUACAGCGUGGAGCACGACUUCCGGCUUCAGGAGGGCCAGGUGACGCGAGCGUGGAAGGUUCCGGAGCAGCAGGAAUCGGAGCAAAGCUCUCCGCAGCUGGUCUUUCCUCCUCCACGCCAGCAGGACUCUCCACAGGCCCUCCAGACGGUCAAGAAGAGCCGCAGGAAAUGCUUCUGGUUCCUCUGAACACUUUACAUGCAGGACGUGACAUCAUUAGUCAACAAGGAUGGUUUUCCAACCAACCUCAAGCCUCUUCUCUUCCGGGUCCCGUUUAGAGGCACAUCAUCCGCUACAUGCGUUCCUUGACGAGGAGCCCUUAUUUAUUAUCUUUUUUUAAAGCAUCUUCUGUAAUUUUUUACAGAAGGCAAAUUUUUUAAUGUUGUGGGCUUAAAGGCUGCUUGCUUUGAUAUUUCAGAUUUAUAGUCCAUGGAGAGAAUUAAAAACUUUCCACCUAAAAAAAAAAACAUCCUUUAAAAAAAGAAAAAUCUGUCAUUAUUUCCUUUAUAAGUGAAUUACAGGUACACUCUCUUGCUGUGAAUCAUUUUUAGCCAAAGGCCUAACAUCACUUUCUGCACCUUUGAAGUCUGUUUAUUCUGCUUUCAUUUUCCAGAUUCAUGGUGGUAAUCGUAGUCUCAAACUCACGAGAGGGGGAGAAGGGGCUUUUAGUUGGUUCAUGUACCCUUUGAGCCAGUAUUUAUUACCUGAACUUCACAACAGUCAGUGAUUGAUUCACAGUGACAGCAGGAGACAGGACGAUAAGGACAGACGACAUUAAAGAAAGAGAGACAGAAUUACAGGUAAGAAAUGGAAGCCAGUUACUGAUUCAUCAUUUUGGAGCAAUGAGGGUCAAAACACCAGCUUUUAUACUAUGAAAACGUUUCAACGAAUCAUUUAUUCCACAUGCUUAACGCUUUUAUGUAGACGAUCUAACAACUAUACACGCACGGCGAUAUUAAGGCAGAGAUAAUGGGGGAGAAAGUGGAUUUAAGAGGUGUGUCAUUUCAUUCUUUGUGAAUGCCUAAUUUCAGAAUCCAUUAAAAAGCUCUAUAAAAUAUUUUACUACC